UUAAUCAACGGAAGUAAAGGCAUGCUGUCACUAAACUUUUGAAAUAGUUUUGGAUCAGGACAAAACCAUUCGAAAGUGUGAAGAGAUGCGUUUUCAGAUACCGCAUGUGUCAACCACGUACCAGAGAAGAGAUGACAUUAAGCUAAUCUGACAUCAGAAACGGAAAAGAUGAAGUGCCUUCUGGUGACCAGCGAGAGUGCGGAGCUUCUCUUCUACUGGACAGACCCGGAGUUCGAGCAGACUAUUCAGGAGCAGUAUGGAGCGUCUCAAGAAGAAGGACAGAGGCCUCCUGCUUUCGAAGACAGCAUCAGCACGCGGUUUGCCCCCAUAAUCAUCUCCUGCAGCAGCAUGAUCGACAGGAUCGACGACUGCUACACCUCUUUCACCACGGAGAACAAUCACGUCUAUGUCCUUCAUCAGUUUGAUGAGUGCUUGUACAUUGCUAUGAGUGGAGAUGGAGACGAGAAGGAUGAAGACUUGAGGAGGAAGAUCUACGUGGUGAAGAAGCUUCUGGAAGUGCACUUUGGGGUUGUGACACUCAGCAGCUCCCACCUGAAGAGAGAGCUCCGGCCCCAGGACACCGAUCAGAGGAACCGCCUGUGGAAGAAGCUGCAAGGCCUUCUGGGUACUUACAGCCAGCUCCGGGAGCAGGACCAAAGCUUUCUGGUGGAGGCAGUGGAGAGACUGAUCCACCCCACGCUCUGUGAGCAGUGCAUCGAGUUCCUGGAGCGGCGGCUGGUCCAUCAGAUCAACAGCAGUCCGGAGCGUGCUGGGGAGGAGGUCCUGCACGCCUUCAUCCUGGUGCAUACGAAACUGCUGGCCUUCUACUCCAGCCGUAACGCCAGCACCCUGACCUCCUCUGACCUCCUGGCCCUCAUCCUGAUGGUGCAGGACCGCUAUCCCAGCAGUGACCUGGAGGAGCAGCUGUCUGAGCAUGUGGAGAAAACUUCAGUGCCAGAGGUCUUCUACACUCCAGAACCUUCCCCUACUGUGAGUUCAGGGACAGGCAGUGGAGAGGAGAGCCAGACUCCAAUCUUCCAGUUUGUUGAUCCAGAUAUUCAAAUGGCCGAGGACAGCCUCCAGACCCUGGUGGUCCCGCCCCCUGACCCCGCCAACCCCACCAGAGUCUUCCUGGAGGCCACCAUCAAAGAGGGCUACUGUCCCAUGAUGCCUCACAACAUGUACUCCCUGCAGCUGUGGCCCGGCAUCACCCUGGUGCUGCUGACUAAGAUCCCCAGCAGUCAGGUGGCCAUCUCCAUAUACUACUUCCUGGACACCCUGGCUAACCUGGAGAAGAGGCUGGGUGAAGGGGCGGAGGGGUCCAGUGCCCCCCGCAGUCCUCUGCCCCUCCAGGACUUCCGCAGCAAGAUGGACAAGUUCACCCGCGCCCUGAGCGGCAACGACGUGCAGACUUCACUGCUGCAGAGCACCUGGACAGAGUUCAAAAACAAGGCCUUCUCCCGGGGAGGUCCAGGGGUCAGUAGAGAGUUGCUGCCCUCGUGCAGGAACAUGAAGACCCAGCUGUGUGGGCUGUACAGGCAGUGGUUUGUCACGGAGAGCGCAGAGACCCAGCGCCUCGCCCCCAGUCUGCAGGACCGCUCCGUGGCUCUGGUGCAGGAGAAGCUGGUGGACUGGAAGGACUUCCUGCUGGUGAAGAGUAAAAGGAACAUCACCAUGGUGUCAUACCUGGAAGACUUUCCCGGCCUGAUCCACUUCAUCUACGUGGACCGCACUGCCGGGCAGAUGAUCGCUCCUUCCUUCAACGUGACGGACCACUCAGAGCUGGGGAGCGGGCCCCUGCCACACUUCAUCAAGGGCAAGGUGUGGAGUCUGGUGGGCACCUCCCGGCACUACCUGCAGAAGGGCUACUCCACUGCCACCUUCCGAGAUGGAGACUAUUACUUCUGCUACUUCCUGUGGUUUGAGAAUGAGACGGGCUAUAAGCUGGAUGUAAGAGACCUUCCCAUUCUCCUAGAGGACUCCGCACCCAUAGGAAUGCUAGCAUGGGACUACUACAGGAAGCUGCUGAGGUACUACAGUAAGUACCACAGCGGCGAGGUGGUGAAGUGCUACGAGCUGCUGACCGUGCACCUGGGCGUGAUCCCCAGCGACUACGUCCUGCAGCACUGCUGCCAGCUGGCCCGCAAGUUAUGGGAACCGUCUCGGAUCCCGCUGCUCUGAGCCUACAGCCAGACCUCCUCCAUCCUUCUGCUCUGAUCCUACAGCCAGACCUCCUCCAUCCUUCUGCUCUGAUCCUACAGCCAGACCUCCUCCAUCCUUCUGCUCUGAUCUGAUACAGCCAGACCUCCUCCAUCCUUCUGCUCUGAUCUGCUACAGCCAGACCUCCUCCAUCCUUCUGCUCUGAUCUGAUACAGCCUCUGGACUGCAGCCCUAACUCCGACACCUGCCCAUCACGUGGAAUGUCUCCAUGUCUUUUAUGUACUUUUUAUCAGUUCAGGAGCAUGCACAACCAGCCACUGUGUCCUUUCAAUUCUGCAGUGCUGUGGUUACGGUGCCAGAGAACAGCAGAAGAAACAUGGAUUUUACUGACCAGAGGAGGCGCUGUUGAGCCAUGGGUUUGGCAGUAGGAAACCCUGCCUCCUGUGAUACAGUUGGGCCAGUAAUGCAUCUCCCUGCAAGACAUCCAGCCAUGAAUGGCACUGGCACAGUCAUGAAUUGAAUCAAAACUUGGGCCUGGGAUCAUCAUUUUAGACCCACUGCAUUAAAAGCUAGCCCUACCCAAAUGGCAUGUCACCACUGAACCAGUUGCUAACCACUGUUGAAAAACCACAUCCAAGUGAACCCAACGUAUUUUUUUUUCUCGUUUCACUGCAGCAUGUCUCUCGAUGGAAUUUCACUACUGCCAGCUAGCAGCUAUGCAAUUGCUUUCAUAAAGAAUGCAAAAUGGCUACCUCACCAAAACAACAGUACUGUUCAACUGCUCUGAUAAACGAGGCUGCAGUUGGUUAGAGAUGACAUUGUUGAUGUUGGACUACUCUUGCUUUCUGGAUGUUCAGUCAUGAGAACAGAUCAUUUCCGGUUAGGUUCGGUGCAUGUGGACAGUUGAAUGAUCGGUACCCUUUGAUGAGGGUAAGGCACCCUGUUCCAGUUGGGCUCAGUCUUUCUCUGGAUUUCAGCCCACAAAACCCCGAUGAUUUAAUAUGCAGUGAUAUAACAAAGCCAGGUAAAGUGCUGAUGUGGACAAGGCCCUCCAUGGGUUCCACGCUCCUAUAUGCCUGAUGGUGCGGAUCUUCCUCUAAGAAAUGCAAGCAUUGUGUACUGUAUGUGUGCGUGGAUGCGUGCACACACCAACAAUACCACUUACAUUUGUUGCACUUACACAUAUCGAGCUGUUGUUGGAAUGAUGGAUUCAGCAAUACAAUUUGGUACUGAUACAUGAAUGCACUGUCUUUCCUGUGGCUGCCCUCACGCAGAUCUGUUAAGAAUGGUCCUGUCACUGGAAGCAGUCUUUAGUGGCCUUCUGGGAAAACUGGACAAAGAUACAGUGAGGAUCACACCAUGCUGAGAUUGUUGUAAUCUCGAUGGUCUAUCUGAUGGUGCCUCUUAAGAGAUUUCCUCCCCGGUUGCCAUACUGCGCAGCAAGGGGCCCCGUGGCCCUUCAGACCCCUCUAGAGCUCAGAGAGGGCAGACUGAUUGAGACCUGCGCAGUCUGCAGGCCUUCCAGAGGGGGCGCUGUUGAGCCGCGAGACACGGCUACCCUGGCAACUGGUUAACCUCCUUUCCCAGGCGACACGAUGACCAAUCGUGCCAUGUGCUAUUAGAGUCGGCAGUGACUGGGUUCAGGCCUGCCUACAGAAUGCAUCACUGGGUCCUUAACGUGCUGAUUGGUAGCACCUGUUGUAUAAGUUUGUCAUUUAAACUCUUCAAGGUCUCAAUUCUAGGGUUUACAUUGGACAAGGUGCUUUCUAUAGCGGCUGAGGUAAUUAGUGUUUUAAGUUUGUGUGCUGCUUUGUACAGUACAGUGCAUAUAUUGACUUGCUCAGGCCUGUUCCUGUUGUCUGCAGCAGUAGUCUGUGAAGGUUACAUUCCAGUGACCUACAUACUUGAACGACAAACGUAGAAAUACUGUCCACUGUCUAAGCCCAUGACGUAUUGCACAAAUUCCUUUAAAUGCAUAAAAUGUUUUGGGUUUUUUUCUGCACAUAUACAUUGUCUGUUUUUAAAAUUCCAGUGUUUGACUGAUCUUCAGUUGACAAUUGUAUUGAUGAUUUCUGGUUACGGUUUAUUAUAAUAUUAUAAUAAUAAUGUUCUUACACUUUACAAGGAAAUCUGUAUCGUACAAUAUGCCACAAUAUGUUCUAGUCCUACACUUAUCUCAAUCUGCCUUGUAGACAAACAACACCAAAUACAAUAUGUUCUUAGUUUUCAUCUUUAAGUUGUUUGUAUUCUCUAAUUAUGCUAAUAUUUAACAUGGAAAAUGUAAGUACUUAACUUAAUGUAUUUAACUCAAUACAAAAUGUCUAAAGCUUAAAGAAGGAUUAUUUAUAACAAUGUUUAUAACUUGUCCGUAAUUAUUCUAGACUGUUUUGCAUUUGUGUAAACUUCUAUGGAUGUACUUUAUAUAAAUUACAUGCACUGAAAAAAUGGAUCAAUUACUGCC